AUGAUGAAUAUCUCUCUUCUGACUAUUCCGGUUCUCCUCGACACAACCCCAGAACCAACACACCUGGUCGAUCAAUGGGUUCGAGUGUACCACUACGGUCAUCGAGUCUUACCCGCGCUGUCGAUAGCUACCGGUCUCCUCUACGCCUGGACGGUGACACGAAAGAGAAAGGCCGGCCGUCCAUGGCGCAUCUUUGCACUAGCGGGUCUGACUACUAUGAGCAUGUUGCCCUUUACCUGGACCGUAAUGCUGCCGACCAACACUACGCUCUUCGCCACCCAGAUCGCAAACCAUGCAGGACAAGUCGUGGCUUUUGAUGUUGCUGUAGAUCUUGUCAAGAAGUGGACUCUACUGCACACAACAAGGGCUCUUCUGCCCUUGACAGGGGUGAUGAUGGGCUGGGUUGGGACAUUGCGCCAGUUCAACUGA